GAAACGAAGAAUAAAAUUCUGUCUUCAUCCCUAAACCUCCUUAGGGAGAUUUUUUGCUCAAACUCCAUCCCCACGAAGAAAUUUUUUUGGUCGUAGACCUCCAAAUGAGACACUUUCCAUGACUAACAAGGAUACCUAUUUUAUUUUAUUUUUUAAUGGCAAAUUAUUAGUAUGUUAAUUGUUAUGUUAGUUUUUUUUUUUUACAUUUUACCAUGACUUGAAUUCUAGACGUCCAACUUCUUUAACCCUGAGCUCAACUAGUUCAACCAGUUGAACUAUCCUCCCACCCCAUCGAGGAUCUUUAUUUACGGAUGAUAUUGACAUCCGGAUUCCUGCCUCUAUAUAUAUUUCCUUGAACCAGCUAUCUAGCUAGUAUAUUCAUAAGAUUUCCCAGUUUCCUUUCACGCCUGCAACUACGUACACCAAGUUGCUAAGUGUGAAAAUAUAUGGACAUUAUUAUCCUCCUCUUUCUUAUCUUCCUCUCAUCUCUCCUAUCAUAUCCAUUCAUAAUCAAACACAAUAAAUUACAUGAAACCAUAGACAAGCCUAAACUUCCCCCAGGUUCAAUGGGUUGGCCUUAUAUUGGAGAAACUUUUCAACUCUACUCUCAACACCCUAACAUCUUCUUUGCUUCUAAACAAAAAAGAUAUGGAGAAAUAUUUAAAACACAUAUACUAGGAUGUCCUUGUGUGAUGUUAGCAAGUCCUGAGGCUGCAAGAUUUGUGUUGGUGACUCAUUCUCAUUUGUUCAAGCCUACAUAUCCUAAAAGCAAAGAGAAACUUAUUGGUUCUUCUGCAUUGUUCUUUCACCAAGGACAUUACCAUACUCGUAUUAGGAAACUCGUUCAAAACUCGCUUUCUCCUGAAUCAAUCAAGAAAUUGAUCCCCGGUAUUGAAAACGAAGUCAUUUCCUCCUUGGAAUCGUGGAUUUCUAUUGGACAAGUCGUUAACACUUUCCAUGAAAUGAAAAAGUUCUCUUUCAAUAUUGGCAUUCUCUCUGUCUUUGGUAAUUUGGAAAGCAAUUAUAGAGAACAACUUAAGGAGAAUUACUGCAUAGUAGAGAAAGGCUACAAUUCUUUUCCAAAUAGGAUACCCGGAACUUCAUACUCCAAAGCUGUUUUGGCGAGGCAGAGAAUUCAGGAGAUUAUAAGUGAGAUAAUUUCCAAGAGAAAAGCACAUAGAUCAAUUGAGAAGGAUCUAUUAGGCCACUUGCUAAAUUACAAGAAUGAAAAAGGUGAAAUGUUAAGUGAUGAGGAAAUAGCUGAUAAUGUAAUUGGAGUACUAUUUGCAGCUCAAGAUACUACAGCAAGUGUUCUUACUUGGAUUCUCAAGUACCUUCAUGAUGACCAGAAACUUCUUGAAGCAAUAAAAGCAGAACAAAUGGCUGUAUAUGAAAACAAUGAUGGAGGGAAAAUUCAAUUGACAUGGAGUCAGAUAAAAAAUAUGCCACUUACUCAUAGGGUAAUAUUGGAAAGUCUAAGGAUGGCAAGUAUUAUAUCAUUUACUUUUAGAGAAGCUGUGGUUGAUGUGGUAUACAAAGGAUAUUUAAUACCAAAGGGUUGGAAAGUAAUGCCACUAUUCAGAAACAUCCAUCAUAAUCCAGAAUUCUACCCUGCACCUCACAGCUUUGAUCCAUCAAGGUUUGAGUUUGCUCCAAAGCCCAAUACAUUUAUGCCAUUUGGCAUUGGAGUGCACUCUUGCCCAGGAAAUGAGCUAGCCAAAUUGAAUAUGUUGAUAUUAAUUCACCAUCUAGUAACCAAAUUUAGGUGGGAGGUAGUGGAAAAUCAGAGUGGAGUCCAAUAUAGCCCAUUCCCAAUCCCUCUGCAAGGUCUACCCACAAGAUUUUGCAGAAUCAAAUAAGUCAAUGGAGAUUAUUAUAUUAGUUUUUUGGAUAUACCUUGCCACCCCAACAUUGAUCUCAAUUUCACCUCUAUUUUAGCUUAGAUAGUAUGUAUAUUCUCUUGAUCUCCAAGUAACAGUAAGCCAUUAGAUUUGAUCUAGUGAUAAAAUGUUUAAAUAGUAUAUUAGAGAUCAUGUAUUCAAUUAUCAGCUUUAUUGUAAAAAAUAUAAUCUCCAAGUGACAAUUAUAUUAUACAUAUAUAU